CUCCAAGUUUCUUUUACAGAUAGAUCGUUUUUCGCAAGAGAUUCGUUCCGCAGAUCCUACACGCCAACAAGGAAAUUCCAUGCCACAAGCGACCGUUCGUUAAGAGCAAUGAGCAAACCCCCAUCGAUAUUGGUCUACACUGGUGGCCAGGAUGAGCUGUACUCAAGAAUAAGGAGCUCAUUGUCUUGCUUGGUCUCGUCAGACCGUUACACAGUAUUCCACCUUUCGCCAGAAGCCAUGAAAAAGCAGCCAUGGAUAGAACCAACCACAGCCUGCUUAAUUGUCGCUGACACAAACGAGCUGGAUGACCAUUCUUGGUCCAAUAUGCAGUUAUACUUCAAUCAGGCUGGAAAAAUUAUAUUUGUAUGUCAAAAUCGCUUACUGGCGAGUUUAACUACAUGCGGUUCAUCCAAAAAAGCAGGUAUUGCAAAUGCUGACGUGAUCAGGAUGGCGUUUGGAUCUCGAGAUAGCAUAUCUAUGGGGAAGGAUUUUGAACAUUUUUUAAAAAAGUCUUUGAAAACGCUGUCUAAACAAGGCCAGGUGAACGCCACUUUCCAUUCCAAAGAUUUUCGCUGGUGGUAUGAGCUAUUCUGUAGUGUUGACUAA